ACAAUUAGUGUGAAGGCUUGUUUAGUCUGUUUUUCUUCAUGAUGUGCCAAUCCAAAGGCCUGUCAGGAGUGAUCCCGCGCCACCUGUAGCACCAAGAUUAAGAUCAAGAUUAAAACCAGGUGCAGUGAAGCUGUGUCAGUGGCCAAGAUAAAGGCCAUACCAUGAGUAAUAACCACCGCGCCAGUGCCAACUUGACAGCUGUUGUUACUUUACUGUCUCUGGCGCUGAUUGCAUUGCCGUGUGCUAGUCAUUCACUGGACUCCAUCUUGGUGAAGGCACUACACUUAUCUUGCCCUCAGUUAGAUCCGGAGGUGCAUCAUGGAUUGGGAGUGGCUGAGGAUAUAACAGAGAAAAGAGAAGUGGUAGGCAGUGCACAAGACUUGAAUGCCUGUGUAAGUGCCUGCUGCAGCAGAGCCAAGUGUGGCAUUGCAGUCCUACAAGGGGAAGUAUGCCUAGCCCUUGAGUGUCAUAGCAUUGAUGCCUGCCACUUGAGGUCUGCCAGUGGGUCGCUGGCUGUGGUGGUGCAGCCAGCUGGUGAUGCUGAUUGGGUGCUUCCACCCAGUACCAAUGAAACCCAUGUGGAAUCCAAGGAAGAUGUGAAGAUCAACAGAACUGCACGUUUAAUGGACUUGAGAUGUGAAAUAGGAUUGAAUGAUUGUGGUCAGCAUGGUGUUUGUGAGCCAUUGGGAGACCAUCACAAGAAUGGCCAUUGCCGCUGUAAGGGUGGCUACUACUGGGAGGCUGCAGUGGGAGACUGUGUAGUUAAUUCCACAGGAAACUCCAGUGCAGAAGGAAUUCAUGCUACCACACCCACUCUCUCCAACACAUUUGCUCUUCCGAAUACUUCAAGUGCACCACAGACACCUCCUCCUGAGAAGAAUACAUCAUCCAAGCCACAGGUAGAGAAGUUGGUAGUGAAUAUUAAUAACAAGACUGUAGAACUUGCUGAGGGAAGCAGUAUCUAUGAAAGCAAGGUGACUCUUUCAGCCUAUGCUAUUGGAGGUGAUUCUGAUUGCAAAUAUGAGUGGAUGCUGCUGCAAAGACCUAAGAGUGAUGACACAGGGUCUGUGAGUGACUUACGGAGUCAAACCAUCACUCUGAUGCAUCUCAGCCAGGGUGUAUAUGUCUUCAAAGUGGAGGUGACAGCAGCAGGUGCACAUGGCGAGGCAGUGGGCAAUGUGACUGUCAAACCAGCCCAGCACACCAAUCAACCUCCGAAGGCCAUCAUUGUUGCCCCCUCACAAGCUAUAAAGCUGCCUACCUCAGGUGUCAUUAUUGAUGGCUCAACCAGUACAGAUGAUGAUGGGAUUGAGUCCUUUGCCUGGGAAGUGGUGACUGCACCACUUGGCUACAAGCUGAAGAACUCAGAGCAAGCUAGUCCCACAUUGCAGCUUACUGACCUCAUUGCUGGCAACUAUACUAUCAUGCUGCGAGUCAAGGACAAGGAGGGGCUGGAAGGCAAUGCCACAACCUUACUCACUGUAAUUAAGGAGACAGACUACCCACCCACUGCCAAUGCUGGAGGGGACCAGAUUAUCUACCUUCCUCAGACAGAGACAAUCCUGUAUGGCAACAUGAGCACAGAUGACCAUGGCAUUGAGGAGUGGGAGUGGACCAAGGGGCCAAAAGAUUCAGGGAAGGCAGUAGACAUGCAGGACACACGCACAGCAUUUCUUCACCUGAGCAAUCUGGAGGAGGGACACUACCAGUUUAUCCUACGAGUCACUGACGGCCUCCAUCAAUCCUCCAACACUUCAGUGUCUGUGUAUGUCCAACAGCCCAACCUGGCUGCUCCUAAAGCUAAUGCUGGUCCAGAUGUGCAAAUAGUAUUGCCCAACACCACAGUGCUAUUGGAUGGGGACAGGAGCACUGACACAUCUCUGAGCACACACUGGCUCUGGAUACAAGUCAGUGGUCCAAGUGUAGUUCAUUUGGCUACUCCAGACCAGCCCCAAACUUAUGCUGUAGGACUUACUAAAGGAGAGUACCAGUUCCAGCUAACAGUGUGGACUGGUGAUGAACCUGGCAAAAACACCAGUGACCUUGUAGCUGUGACUGUAAGACAGGAUCAUAAUGUAGCACCUACAGCUAAUGCUGGUGGAGACUUCAGUGUGACAUUGCCUGUUAGUGCAGUGGUAGUUGAUGGAUCCAAGUCCACUGAUGAUGUUGCAGUCACUAAGUGGUUGUGGCAGCGUGAUGCCACCUCCUUGGCUGCUGGACAGAUCAUCAAUAGCUCUGAUCACUCACCAGUCCUUAUGUUCACAGGGGUGGUGGCAGGGCGUUAUGUGUGGCGCCUCACUGUUUGGGAUGAUCAGGGAGCCUCAUCCUCAGACACUGUCUCCAUCAUUGUAAAUAAAGGACCCCACCAUUUGGAUGAAGUGACAGUGGUAGUGGGAGCUGACCUAGGUACUCUCAGCACCCUCCAGCUCUCUACCCUACUUCAGAAGAUGGAGUUGUUUUUGCACACUGCUGAUAGGGUGGUUACCAUUCACCUUAUCUCCCUCACUGGACUACCACACUCAGGUCAGGUGAGUGUGACCUUUGUAGCACAGACUGGCAAGGAUGUAGUUCCUGGGGUGGAAGUGGUGGCAACACUACAUCAUCAAGUGUUAUUGGAUUCCUCAGAAUUGCUGGACCUACCACUUCUUUCUGUAGACACUGUGGUCUGCCAGAACAACUGCUCAGGCCAUGGAGAAUGUGUGGAGGCAAGCCGGGAGUGCCACUGCCACACCUGGUGGAUGGAGUCCUUUUUCCGGCGCCACUUAGGGGAUGGCAUGCAGAAUUGUGAUUGGAGUGUGAUAUAUGUGUUUGUGAUCAUCUGUAUGGUGGUGUUGGUGUUGGGACUGGUAGUAUGGGGAAUGGCAGUGUUGGUUGGCCGCAGGCUGGUAGGCAACAGUCGGACACGACGUAAACCUCUCCGCUACUCUCUGCUCAGUGCUCAUGAUGAGAGUAUGAAGUUGCAGCCUCGCCCCUCAGGCAACCUCCUGGACUCAGCCUCUGAAAGCAACAGUGACGUGGAGAUUCACUUUGAUUCGCGGAUGAUGAAGCAUAAAGCAGAAAAGUCCAGGAAUGGAUACCACAAGCUUCCUAGAAUCCGCACCUAGCUACUGUGAUGUUCCAGCAGUAUAAUGUAAUGAUGGUGAUGAGUGGCCUAUCCAAAAGUAUGUAUUUUGUUUUUUGUUGUUAUAGGAAGGAGUUACUUUGCAUAGGUAUCGUUCAUUAUGCUUUUAAUCACUAGUGCAUUGAAAUCUUUAAAAGUGUGAGCAACUACAGUUAGCGACAUUCGCAAUUAGAACUCCCAGUGACAUGAGUGUCACAUUGCAUAAACUGGCAUCUUGUUCCUUCUUGGUCUGAAAAAAUUCUGCAGGGAGAAACCAUAGAAUAAAAGAUGCAGUGUUUGACAUAUUGACAUAAGGGAAAGUUAUCUUUUGUGACCACAUCCUUGCUUCAGUGAACAAAAUGGUUGUGUUUACUUUAAGCAAAGUAUUCUGCUGAGUUGAUGUGUGAUGCCUAGAAAAUAUACAUGCCAUGAUUACAUAAUAUGAGCGUUAAAGUGUUCAUAGAAUGGUGAAACAAAUAGAAAAAAAAAAAUAAGCCAUCUGACUAUUACAGUGAAAAGUCUGUUGAGUGUUUUGGUGAAGAAAUGGACUGAUGAGGGACGUGAGGAUGUGCCUCACCACAAACAUGGUGGUGGAGCACCCCAAAAUGUUUGACAACACCUUACAUGGUAUCAAAAGACCGUUAAAGGUAUAUCCUCAGCUUACAGCACAACAUCUAAAAAAAAAACAAAUAUUAUUGGGCAGCCCACCACCAUGUUUGUGAUGAGGCACAUCCUCAUGUCUCUCAUCGCUCCAUUUCUUCACCAAUGUAUUCAAUCUUUUCACUGCAAUAAUUAUGCAGCUUACAUUUUCUGUUUGUUUCACCAUUCUAAUGACACUCUAACACUAGUACUAUGUAAUCAUGGCCUGUAUAUUUUCUAGGUAUCGCACAUCACUUCAAUAGAGAACUUUGUUUGAAGCAAACACAGCCAUUUUGUUAGCCGAAGCAAGGAUGUGGUCACUUGCCUUCAACAAUAUUAAUUACAUUAAUAUUAUAUUUUGUUGUAAGUCUUUUUUAUCCAAAGUUUUGUAAAAUUUAUUGAACAUUCAUUUUUAUUGCAUCAAGAUUAUAUUAGGAUAGGUUAUUCUUGCCUGUUUGGCUGUUAUUUGUAAUGAUUUGAAGCACUGCACCCAGAACCAGAGUUUGAGAUUAUGCAUUCAUAUAUUCUAAUAUAUCUAGAUAUCUCUAGAGGGAAUAUAUAUAUAUAUAUAUAUAUAUAUAUAUAUAUAUAUAUAUAUAUAUAUAUAUAUAUAUAUAUAUAUAUAUAUAUAUAUAUAUAUAUAUAUAUAUAUAUAUAUAUAUAUAGUAUAUUUGUAACAUCAAGAUUAUGCAAUAUUUAGAAACAGUGUUUGGGCAAGUCUCAGGUUGUUAUUGACAUGCACUAGUAGGUUAUGUCAGAAUAGGUUAGGAUGUGUUUGUUGUGAGGUAAGCUAAGAGUGGUUUAUUUCAUUCCUUUGGUCUCGGGAAGUGUGUGUGUGUGUGUGUGUGUGUGUGUGUGUGUGUGUGUGUGUGUGUGUGUGUGUGUGUGUGUGUGUGUGUUCAUCUUGUCUUGGACAUCUCCUUCAUAGGGAUGUUGACAUAGUAUAUUGAUGGAUAUCUGCAUCAACAUCAUCAUCAUUAUUUAAUUUCUGUUUUUGUAUUUGAUUGUGUCUAUUUUCACUAACAGCUCCAAAGUGAACUAUGGACCAACUAAUUUUGGAGCUGUACAGAUUAGUUUUUUGUUAGAGUAGUGGGUUCACCAGAAAAGGCAGGCACAACCUGGGGAUUGAACUUGAGACCUGCUUGCCAAGAGGAUACGCCAACCACAGUCGGUUCUCAGUGGUAACCCUCACUAUUAUCCUUGUUCUCUGUUAUUUAUUAAGCACUAUUAUAGGCACAUAUUAUAUUACAUGGGUAGGAAAGGAAAAACCUAAUUGGCCUUUUUAACAUUGGUACUCAACAAGGUUCUCUUGUACCACCUAUUUACUUUACAUUAUUCAUCAAUCAUCUUCUUAAUCAAACUCUUUGUCUCAUGCUCUUAUGCUUAUGACUAACUUGCCUGUACAUUGAAUAUUCACAUCAAAAAUCUUUGCUUUCACAUCUCAUCUCAAUAAAGCUGUUUUCAUGAAAUUUGGUUUCCUGUUACUUACUGAUACAGUAGUCACCCUUCAUCCUCAUUCCUUUAUCCUUUCACUGGUGAACCCUGGAAUCUUCUAACCUGAUUCUGUUCUUCCACAUUAUGACUAGAACCUUUUGAGAGAAAAGUAACAAGAUAUCUCCUAAAUCAAACUGGCUAACCUGAUCAGUACCCUUUCCAUAACCUUGUGGUUAGCCUCCUUUGCACUUUACAUGCAAUAUAUAUAUAUAUAUAUAUAUAUAUAUAUAUAUAUAUAUAUAUAUAUAUAUAUAUAUAUAUAUAUAUAUAUAUAUAUAUAUAUAUAUAUAUAUGAAUUCUAGUCUGUUUUAUGCACAUGUGAUUUUUCUUCUCUUGAGUUGGUAUGAAAUAUUGAUAUCAUCUUGUACAUGUUAAUUAAAAGUAGUGAAGGAAAUAACUACUGUAACAUAUUAUCUGAACUACUGAGAAAUUAUUAGAUAUAGAAAUGCACUAGACAAAGUUUUAUUUUGCAAAUUCAGUUAUUCUGAGAGUUAAGUCAGAGUGUUAUUUUAUUGUAACAUAUAUAUAGAAAUAUUAUUACUCACAAUAUUUCCUGAAUAAUGUGAUGUACUUUGACAUAAUAUUACCAAGACAAUUGUAGCUGUCUGAAGUUGAAUGAUUGAAAGCUUUUGGGAGAUUUGUAUCAAGGAGGGUAACUUGUGCAUCUUGAUAAUUUUUACCUUCUUUGUGAGUGCUAUUGAUACUGUAGCUUGCUUAGUCUUACUGCUAGAACUCUCACUGGAACUCAUUGGUCUCUUGGAAGGCAUACUUAGCACUCGAGAGGCAAAGUAAGGCACAACCUAUACACCACGUGGUCAGUCACAUACACAACACCACACCAAAGACAGUGAAUGAAAAAACACACCAGCAGUAACACUGUAACACAUCCAAGCACCAAUCAGUCACAUAGAGCACUGUACACUGUACUUGUACUGUAUUGUAAAUAUGCCUGCAAGCAAAAUGAUGAUAGAGUACAAGUAAGGCAAUAAAGCCAUAAGGGUGGGAGUCUGAGAGAUACCAAGUUCAGUUUAAGAGUUCAGUUUAAAAGAGGACUGGCAGGGAGAAUGGUAGGUAGGGGACAGGAGAGGGAUGUGCGGUUCUCUUAUAGUGCUCACAAACUUAUCUUGGUGCAUCUGAAUUCUGAAUCGGCUGUAUGUCACUAUACACUCUGGACAUAUUAAUGAGAGAGUGCAGAAAGGCUCACAUUUUAAACAUUGUAAUUUUUCUUGCCUCAGACUGAAGCUCAGAUCAUUGGAUUUUUGUGCUCGUAUAAAGAAAAUAGUGCCUAAUUUACACAUCUCUUUUCAUUGGAUUCUCACAUAAUGGAUGUUCAUAUAACGGGACUUCCCUGUGCUGUAAUCAAAACCCAAAAAUGUUUUGUAGUAUGAUCUUUCGUCAACAUAGUAGUUGUUGUGAAACUCCCCCAAUUCAUCAAAGCUGCAGAAAAAGGAUUUCAAAUCUGCACCAGUGCCAAAUCAGUGCUAAAAAUUUUUUUUUGACAUCCAAGAGACUGAAGGAAUUCCUUCCUUCAAGUCAAACUGUAUACAGAAAAUUUUAAUUUGAAAUUUGCAAGUGUCAAAUGUAGAUAGAGCAUCUGCUGCCAAUAUCCAGAACACUGGUAAAAAAUAAGGGUAAGUACCUUGUUGCAAAAAAAAAAAAAAAAGCA